AUGUCUACAGAAACCAUUCUCAUUCUCGGCGGCUCUUUCGCGGGCAUGAGCGCCGCCCAUUACGCUUUGAUGCACAUCAUUCCGCAACUUCCGAAGAAGGAUGGCAUUACCUACAAUGUCACAGUCGUCAACCCCUCAAAGGAUUUCUACUGGAGAAUCGCCGGCCCGAGGGUGAUUGCUUCGAAGGAGCUGAUGCCCUACAACAAGUUGUUUUACCCCAUUGAGCCGGCAUUCGCGUAUGCAAAGGACAAGUUCACCUUUGUGCAGGGCAAAGCAACUCACGUCGAUUCUGCCGGGCAGACGGUGUCUGUUGAGUCAGUCAGUGGCGAGCAGAAGAACAUUCCGUAUGCCGCGUUGGUUAUCGCAACGGGAUUCUCGACGCCCACUCCGCUUUUCACGCAGACGACGGAUCGAGCGGCCUUGGAGGCGACAUAUGAUGCCUUCCACACCCAACUCAAGCAUGCGAAGACCGUGGUUAUUGGCGGUGCGGGUCCGGUAGGUGUCGAGGCAGCAGGCGAGAUUUCAGAAUUUUUGAACGGAAAGCCAGGAUUCAUGGCAUCCGCGCCCAAGAACCCAAAAGCAAAGGUAACGGUCAUCAGUGCAGAAAAGAAGAUGCUGCCCGUCCUGCGCGAAUCCAUCUCCAAGCAGGCCGAAAAAUUUCUCAAGCGUGUCGGCGCAGACGUAGUCUACAACACCAAGGUUGUAUCCGCCACGAAAGCCAGCGAAGCCGAAGAUGCAAAGACGACGGUCCAGCUUUCGGACGGCAAGACCAUCGAGGCGGACAUCUACAUCGAUGCUACGGGUACCCGCCCCAACACCAACUUCCUCCCCAAGGAGUGGCUCGACAACCGGAACCGCGUCUCCUGCAAUGCUAAGACGCUCCGCGUCGAAGCUGCUGGACCUCGCGUCUACGUCGUGGGGGACUGCGGUUCUUACACUCGUGGAGGAGUCAUGGACCAGUACGACGCAAUUCCUGUUGCUAUGACCAACCUGCGCACCGAUCUCGUUGCCCAUCUUUCUGGCCAGACGCCUGGUCCUGACAGGCACUACGAGGCCAACCUGAAGGAGCAGCAGCUUGUGCCAAUUGGCUCGUCAAAGGGCGUUGGUGCUGCCAACGGCAUGGCACUGCCGAGCGUGAUGGUAUGGGGUAUCAAGGGAAGGGACUACUUGAUUGGUAUGUUGGUCGAGGGCCAUAUGAAUGGGAAGACGUACGAGAAGGAGGGCAAGUGGAAGCCGCAGCCCGUUGUUGCGGCUGGACAGUUGGGUACGAGCCGGGGCUAG